AUCAUCUCCUUCCCUCAUGUUCCCGGAUUAAAACUUAUUAGACAAGGAUUAAAUCAUGAACAACAAAUGGGCUUAAUUGAAGCAUUAAUUCAGCAUGGUUAUUUUGCCUCAAAAGAUAGUAAUCAAGGCAUGAUAUUUGGUGAAUUACCUGAAUAUAUUCGGUGGUUAGAGCCUUGGGUUCUUCAAAAUUAUCCAGGUUUAUUUGAUAGCGAUAUUUUGAAUAGAAAACCAAUAUUUGAUCAAGCUAUUUUAAACAUGUAUAAAAAAGGUGAAGGUAUUGCAAGUCAUGUAGAUUUAUUAAGAUUUGAAGAUGGUAUAUUAAUUAUAUCUUUAUUAUCAUCUUGUGUCAUGACAAUGAAAAACUGUAAAGAGGAAGAGAUGAAAUACGAUAUCUUAUUGCGUCCUGGAGACAUUUUAGCACUAUCAAAAGAGGCAAGAUAUGACUGGGAACAUGGUAUUGAAGAAAGACUUUAUGAUGAAAUUGAGGGUGAAAUAAUUGAAAGAGGCACAAGAAUAAGCGUUACUUUAAGGAAAUUAAAACAAGCUCCUUAUAACACGGAAAAAACGGAAUUAAGUUUACCGAAAUGAUGAAAAAGUUCAAAUACUAUUUAAAACUCCGUUUUUUUAUUUUAUUUUUUCAAGUACAGCUGAAGAAAAUAGUUUGGGCUACACAAAAAAAUUUUGGGCCACAUCAAAAAAAAGAUGGGUCCACCAAUUUUGAAAAUGGGA